AUGGCAGCAAGCUGGCUAAAUUCCAUUGGAUAUGUCAUGGAGAUUGUUUCUUUGUUGUUUACUGUAGUAUUCUACAUCAGUGUUAUUGUAAAGGAGUUAUGUCUGGAGCUCUUGCUCGAGAAGCUGAGUGAUAGACAGUGCCAACCUGAAUCACAGCUUAAGUUCAUAAUAGAGGCUUGGCUACAGAUAGUUGAAUGUAGACGGGUGCUUAAAUGGACAUAUGCCUAUGGAUUUUACUUGCCUGAGAAUGAACAAGCCAAGAGACAGUUCUUUGAGUAUUUACAAGGUGAGGCAGAGUCUGGCUUGGAACGACUUCAUCAAUGUGCAGAGAAGGAACUGCAAGGGUACCUCAACGCUGAGGGGGCAUCAAGAGACUUCAAUGACUUCCGCACAAAGCUGGCUGGACUGACCAGUGUGACUCGGAAUUAUUUUGAGAAUCUGGUCCGAGCUUUAGAGAAUGGUCUGUCAGAUGUUGACUCCCAUGGUGCAUGCAGCAGGAUGGCUAGCUCAAAGAGCUUAGGUGGUGGUAACAGUAAGGGCAGAGGCAGCAGAGGUAAGGCAACUGCAUCCAAAUCUAGCAGUUCUAGAAACAUAGAUGAUCCCGGACACUGGUCUUGCGAAUACUGCACGUUUGCCAAUGUCAAGUCUGCUACUAUCUGCCAAAUGUGUCAUCAACGCCAGUGA